AUGGCCCAAGCUGGAGCAAUUUCUGAUGUGACGCAACGACUAUUUGUGGAGCUAAAGUCCAAGAAUGAGGAGGCCAGGGCCAGAGCUGCCUACGAGCUCUAUGACAAUGUCUUGUCUGUCUCUAGAGAUUGGCCCAACGAGAAGUUCGUCGAGUUUUACAAUGCAGUUAGCCAACGCAUCGCCCAACUGGUCGUGAACGGAAGCGAUGCCAACGAGCGAAUCGGUGGACUGCUGGCACUCGACCGACUGAUUGAUUUUGACGGUGUCGAUGCAGCCCAAAAGACAACAAGAUUUGCUAGCUACCUUCGAUCCGCCUUACGCAGUAAUGAGAAUGUCGUCCUGGUGUAUGCGGCCCGAUCGCUGGGUCGCCUCGCGAAGCCCGGUGGAGCUCUCACCGCAGAGCUGGUGGAGAGUGAGAUCCAAUCUGCUCUGGAAUGGUUACAAUCGGAGCGUCAGGAGAGCCGGCGAUUUGCGGCAGUGCUCGUCAUCCGUGAACUUGCCAAGGGUUCCCCGACUCUGCUCUACGGUUUCGUCCCACAAGUCUUUGAGCUUGUCUGGGUCGCUAUUAGAGACCAGAAGGUUCUCAUCCGAGAGACUGCCGCCGAGGCUGUGGGUGAAUGCUUCGAGAUUAUCGUGGCGCGUGAUUCCCAAGUUCGACAGUCAUGGUUCGCUCGCAUCCACGACGAAGCCCUCCUAGGAUUGAAGUCCCACAACAUCGACUGGAUCCACGGAUCUCUCUUAAUCCUCAAGGAGCUGAUUCUGAAGGGCACAAUGUUCAUGAAAGAACACUAUCGCAAUGCCUGCGAGAUCAUCCUCCGCCUCAAGGACCACCGUGACCCAAAGAUUCGCACUGAAGUCGUGCAUACCAUCCCGAUUCUCGCCUCCUACUCACCUACCGACUUCAUCGAAAUCUACCUACAUCGUUUCAUGAUCUACCUCCAAGCUCAAUUAAAGCGAGACAAGGAGAGAAACUCAGCAUUCAUUGCCAUUGGAAAGAUUGCCAAUGCAGUCGGUCCUGCAAUUGGCCAAUAUCUUGAUGGCAUCAUAAUUUACAUUCGAGAGGGCCUCGCGAUGAAAGCAAGGAAUCGAACGGGCGUUAACGAAGCACCGAUGUUUGAGUGCAUCAGUAUGCUUUCCUUAGCUGUCGGCCAGGCACUCGCGAAGUAUAUGGAGGCUCUGCUAGACCAGAUCUUUACAUGUGGACUCAGCAAGUCCUUGACCCAAGCCCUGGUUGACAUGGCCCAUUACAUCCCUCCUAUUAAACCCAUGAUCCAGGAAAAGCUUCUUGACAUGCUGAGUAUCAUUCUUUGCGGCACACCAUUCCGUCCCCUCGGCUGCCCCGAGAACCGACUUCCUCCUAUGCCAUCCUUUGCGAAAGACUUCGCACUCCACGAGCUGCACUCCGAUUCCGACAUUGCGCUUGCACUCCACACACUGGGUAGCUUUGACUUCUCAGGGCACAUCCUGAACGAGUUUGUGCGGGACGUUGCCAUCAACUAUGUGGAGAAUGACAAUCCAGAGAUUCGGAAGGCGUCAGCUCUCACUUGUUGCCAGCUAUUCGUUCACGAUCCAAUCAUCAACCAAACUAGUGGCCAUUCCAUUCAGGUUGUCAGCGAGGUCAUCGACAAGCUUCUGACAGUAGGUGUUGGAGACCCUGAUCCGGAGAUUCGGCGCACCGUCUUGUGGUCGCUGGAUCGUAAAUUCGAUCGCCACUUGGCACGGCCAGAGAACAUCCGAUGUUUGUUCCUGGCUGUCAACGACGAGAUUUUCGAUGUCAAAGAAGCAGCAAUCUGCAUUAUUGGUCGACUGUCCAGCGUGAAUCCUGCCUAUGUCUUCCCUCCGCUUCGAAAGCUGCUGGUGAAUCUCUUGACUGGACUCGGAUUUGCGAAUACGGCGCGCCAAAAAGAAGAAACGGCCCAACUCAUCAGUCUGUUUGUUUCCAAUGCGACCAAAUUGAUCAGGUCAUAUGUAGAUCCCAUGGUGACUGCAUUGUUGCCCAAAUCAACCGACAUCAACCCAGGUGUUGCCGCCACUACCUUGAAGGCAGUCGGUGAACUUGCUAAUGUUGGUGGCCACGAAAUGCGACGAUACCUGCCGCAGAUAAUGCCCAUCAUUCUCGACUCACUACAAGAUCUCUCAUCACAUACCAAGCGCGAGGCCGCUCUCCGUACAUUGGGGCAACUCGCCAGCAAUUCAGGUUAUGUCAUUGAGCCUUAUCUCGAAUAUCCUCAUCUCCUCGCCGUGCUCAUCAACAUCAUCAAGACCGAAAUGACAGGCUCCCUGCGGAAGGAGACCAUCAAGCUUCUUGGUGUCCUCGGUGCUCUCGAUCCCUACAAGUACCAGCAGAUCAGCGAGAUUGAACCAGAUGUGCAUCACAUCAACGAAAUCCAGAAAGUUUCAGAUGUGGCACUCAUAAUGCAAGGCUUAACCCCGUCAAACGAGGAGUACUACCCCACCGUGGUCAUCCAUACUUUGAUGCAGAACAUCCUGCGCGAGAACUCGCUGGCGCAAUAUCACUCUGCUGUUAUUGAUGCCAUCGUCACAAUCUUCAAAACCAUGGGCCUCAAAUGCGUUCCAUUCCUUGGGCAGAUCAUUCCGGGCUUCAUCUUGGUUAUCAGGAGUUCUCCGACGAGUCGCCUCGAAUCCUACUUCAAUCAGAUGGCAAUCUUGGUGAACAUUGUCCGCCAGCACAUUCGUGCUUUCCUCCCUGAAAUAAUUGAAGUGAUCAGAGACUUCUGGGAUACAUCAUACCAAAUCCAGGGCACUAUUUUGUCGCUAGUCGAGGCCAUUGCUCGUUCAUUGGAGGGAGAAUUCAGGAAGUACCUCGCUGGCCUGAUUCCUCUCAUGCUCGGUACUCUCGACGAAGACACCAGCCCCCGUCGCCAACCUUCCGAGAAGAUCCUCCACGCUCUUCUGAUCUUCGGCACAAGCGGAGAGGAAUACAUGCACCUAAUCAUCCCCUCUAUUGUUCGCCUAUUUGAUCGUCCUCAAAACCCCCAGAGCAUCCGCAAAUCAGCCAUUGAUAGCUUGACAAAGCUGUCACGCCAGGUGAAUGUCUCUGACUUUGCGUCUCUCAUGGUCCAUUCCCUUUCUCGUGUUGUAGCAAGUGGUGAUCGUGUCCUACGUCAAUCCGCGUUGGACUGCAUCUGUGCCCUCAUUUUCCAACUGGGCCAGGACUUCACCCAUUACAUCAAUCUCCUGAACAAGGUCAUGAAAACCCAUCAACUCACACACGUGAACUAUCAAAUCCUGGUGUCAAAGCUACUAAAGGGUGAUCCCCUUCCCCAAGACCUCAACCCCGAAGAGGCGUACGCUUUACCUCCUGAUGAGACCAACUUCGCCGAGAUUGGACAGAAAAAGAUAGUUGUGAACCAGCAACAUUUGAAGAAUGCGUGGGAUGCCUCGCAAAAGUCCACUCGGGAAGAUUGGCAAGAAUGGAUUCGCCGGUUCAGCAUCGAGCUCCUCAAGGAGUCUCCUUCUCCAGCUCUGCGCGCCUGUGCCAGUUUGGCUGGAAUCUACCAACCUCUGGCAAGAGAUCUGUUCAACGCUGCGUUCGUGUCAUGUUGGACGGAGUUGUAUGACCAAUACCAAGAGGAGCUUGUUCGCUCGAUUGAGAAGGCCCUCACAUCCCCUAAUAUCUCGCCGGAGAUCUUGCAGAUUCUCCUCAACCUCGCCGAAUUCAUGGAGCACGACGAUAAGGCACUCCCCAUCGAUAUUCGCACUCUUGGAAAGUAUGCCGCUAAAUGCCAUGCCUUCGCUAAAGCUCUGCACUACAAGGAACUUGAGUUUGAGCAAGAUCAGAACUCUGGUGCUGUCGAGGCCUUGAUCACAAUCAACAACCAGCUUCAACAAUCCGACGCUGCCAUCGGUAUUCUACGCAAAGCGCAGGCAUAUCGUGAUGUCGAGCUUAAGGAAACAUGGUUUGAAAAGCUCCAACGGUGGGACGAGGCUCUUGCUGCGUACAAACGACGAGAGAGAACCGAUCCCGACUCCUUUGGUAUCACAAUGGGUAAAAUGCGUUGUCUUCACGCUCUUGGAGAAUGGAAGGUUCUCUCAGACCUGGCCCAAGAGAAGUGGAACCAAGCUUCAUUGGAGCAUCGUCGGGCAAUCGCCCCUCUUGCAGCUGCGGCUGCUUGGGGUAGGGGCCAGUGGGAGUUGAUGGACUCCUACCUUGGUGUCAUGAAGGAGCAGUCUCCCGAUCGCUCGUUCUUCGGUGCCAUCUUGGCAAUCCACCGCAACCAAUUCGAAGAGGCCAACAUGUACAUUGAAAAGGCACGCAACGGCCUCGAUACGGAGCUUUCUGCGCUUUUGGGUGAAUCCUACAACCGGGCCUACAAUGUGGUUGUGCGAGUCCAGAUGCUUGCUGAGCUUGAAGAGAUCAUCACGUACAAGCAAAAUAUCGGUGACCCGGAGAAGCAAGAUGCCAUGCGCAAAACCUGGAACCAAAGAUUGCUGGGUUGUCAACAAAAUGUGGAGGUAUGGCAGCGCAUGCUCAAGGUUAGAGCCCUGGUCACUGCUCCUCGUGAGAAUCUCGAUAUGUCCAUCAAAUUCGCCAAUCUUUGCCGCAAAUCCAACCGUAUGGGUCUGGCAGAACGAUCUCUCGCGUCGCUAGAGACAGUGGUGGCUGAUGCCGGUGGUCUGCGCACUGUUGCACCUCCCGAGGUCACAUAUGCCAGACUGAAAUUCAACUGGGCAAACGGUCACCAGCACGAAUCACUGGAAAUGCUGAAGGAGUUCACAUCCAGCUUGACCGAUGACUUCUCCAGAUACAACACUCUCGUGGUGUCAAAUUCAGAACAUCAUGGAGUCAAUGGAGUGAACGGUGUCGCCGGCGUUGCCGAUCAGAAUCACCCAGACGCCGUCAGCCUGCGUGAGCGGAUUGGAGAUGCUAGUAAAUUCCGGAAGUUACUUUCAAAGAGUUAUCUCCGGCAGGGAGAGUGGCAAACCGCCCUGCAAAAGGGUGAUUGGAGACCGGAGCACGUCCGUGAGGUACUAAAUGCCUACUCCGCGGCAACCCAAUACAACCGCGAUUCAUACAAGGCCUGGCACUCAUGGGCACUUGCAAACUUUGAAGUCGUUACCACUAUCGCCAACCAGGCCAGCAACCGUGAGGGCGCUCCCUCGCCAGUGCCAGCUCACAUCGUGACAGAGCAUGUCAUUCCUGCUAUGCGUGGAUUCAUUCGCUCCAUUGCCCUAUCUUUGACAUCUUCACUGCAAGAUACCUUGCGAUUGUUGACACUUUGGUUCACCCAUGGUGGCGACCAUGAAGUCAACAAUAUCGUCACGGAAGGAUUCGCCGCUGUCAACAUUGAUACUUGGCUUUCUGUUACUCCUCAACUGAUCGCUCGAAUCAAUCAACCCAACAUCAGGGUACGCGGGGCCGUCCAUAGACUGCUGGCCGAGGUCGGCAAGGCCCAUCCCCAAGCCCUUGUGUACCCACUUACAGUGGCCAUGAAAUCGAAUGUCACACGACGCUCUCAGUCUGCCAGUAACAUCAUGGAAAGCAUGCGGCAACACAGUGCCAAACUUGUUGAACAGGCGGAUCUCGUCAGUCACGAGCUGAUUCGAGUGGCUGUUCUAUGGCAUGAGCUUUGGCAUGAAGGCUUGGAAGAGGCAUCUCGUCUCUACUUCGGUGACCACAAUGUCGAGGGCAUGUUCUCGACACUUGCUCCUUUCCAUGACAUGUUAGACAAGGGUGCCGAAACUCUUCGAGAAGUCUCGUUCGCGCAAGCCUUCGGGCGUGAUUUGGCCGAGGCGAAGCAUUAUUGUAUGAUGUACCGGGAGUCUGAGGAGAUUGGCGAUCUAAACCAAGCUUGGGACUUGUACUACACGGUGUUCAGAAAGAUCAGCCGUCAAUUACCACAGCUAUCCACACUCGACCUCAAAUACGUGUCCCCUCGACUGAAGGACUGCUUGGAUCUUGACCUGGCGGUGCCAGGAACAUACCAGAGUGGAAAGCCGAUCAUUCGUAUCAUGAGCUUCGAUCCAAUCCUGCAUGUCCUGCAGACCAAGAAACGACCCCGCCGCAUGACGCUCAAGGGCAGCAAUGGAAGCUCUUACAUGUAUCUGGUCAAGGGCCACGAGGAUAUCCGACAGGACGAGAGAGUCAUGCAGUUGUUCGGCCUGUGCAACACCCUACUGGAUAAUGAUGGCGAGAGUUUCAAGCGACACUUAUCGGUUCAGCGCUUCCCUGCCAUUCCCUUGUCUCAGAGCUCCGGUCUGCUCGGCUGGGUGUCCAACAGUGAUACUCUUCACGCCUUGAUUAAGGAAUACCGCGAGAGCCGUCGCAUUCUUCUCAACAUCGAGCACAGGAUCAUGUUGCAAAUGGCCCCCGAUUACGACAGUCUUGCCCUCAUGCAGAAGGUCGAGGUCUUCGGCUACGCUAUGGAUAACACAACUGGAAAGGAUCUGUACCGGGUCCUUUGGCUGAAGAGUAAGAGCUCCGAAGCCUGGCUAGAAAGACGUACCAACUACACUCGAUCCCUUGGUGUCAUGUCCAUGGUGGGCUACAUUCUGGGUCUUGGAGACCGACAUCCAUCUAACUUGCUGCUGGAUCGUGGCAAUGGUCGCGUGGUCCAUAUCGAUUUCGGUGACUGCUUCGAGAUCGCAAUGCACAGAGAGAAGUACCCAGAGCGUGUACCAUUCCGUCUCACCCGUAUGUUGACCUUCGCCAUGGAGGUGAGCAACAUCGAGGGAAGCUAUCGCAUCACCUGCGAGGCUGUUAUGCGCGUUCUACGCGAGAACAAGGAUUCUCUGAUGGCUGUCCUUGAAGCCUUCAUCCACGACCCCUUGAUCAACUGGCGUCUGGGUGCACAAGAGUCUCCCGAUCGGGUGUCCCUCACCACGGAGCGCCGCCAAUCCAUCAUCGAAGGAGUCAACUUCGAGCACGGUGCCCAGCCGAACGACUUCACUCGUCGUCGCCGCCCCUCCAUCCUUGAAGGGGGCAUUCUUGAUGCACCAGAGGGUGUUCCACAGGAGGCUCGGGAAGCACAGAAUGCUCGCGCCCUCCAGGUACUUGCGCGCGUCAAGGAGAAGCUCACUGGACGGGACUUCAGACACAGCGACGAGCUAAGUGUCAGCGAUCAAGUGGACAAGCUUCUCGCACAGGCGACCAACGUUGAGAACAUCUGUCAGCACUGGAUUGGAUGGUGUAGUUUCUGGUCAUGGCAUCCCGGCCUCUUCAAAAACCAGGAGCGGGUAUGGAAGAACGAGCAGCGCGCUCUGGAGGAGCGCAAGCAGAUUGAACAGCUGCGACGCGAGAGAGAAGAGGAACGCCAGAUGGAAGAGAUCCAGCGUCUCCAAGAGGCCUCCGGAAAGACGAGAUCACAAGCUCGCGUCGAUUGGAUGUACCAGGCUCCCACAGGCGAGAACGGCCACUACUCGGAAGAAAUGGAGGGAUAUCUCCUUGGAAAGCGACGCAUUGACGGAGUCUUGCUCAAGAACGACACCGACACCAAGAAGCUCGAGAAGGGCUCGGAGGUGGUUGGCAAUGGAGCCCCCGCUGGCCCGUCCGUCGGAUCCCAGCGCGACACCAUGUCGAAGGUCAUGGCAGACCCCCUACUCGAAGUGAAGAAGAGAGAGCAGGCUGCGUAUGAAGCUAUGGUGAAGGAGACCCUUAAGCGCCAGGAACGGGAGCAAAAAAGAGAGGAACGUUCUGGGAAGGACCGCGAACGCCGCCAUCGCACCCACGACUCCAAGCGUCGACGUUACAGCGAUGAUGCGGGCGAUGACCGCCGUGAUAGACACCGAAGAUCAUCACCUCGUCGCCACCGGUCUCGCUCACCUCGUUCGCCUGAGCGAUCCCACAGGCACAGAAGCGGCCGCGACCGUGAUCGGAGAAGUGACGAUACUAGAUCCCACCGGGAGGAUAGAGAUCGUCGCGACUACCAUGAUAAGAGAGACACCCAUUCAAGCCGGCGUGAAGACCGUGAAGACCGCGACCACAGACGGGACCGAGACCACUACCGUGAGCGUGAACGUCCCCGCUCACCCCGCCGGUCCUCCCGUUCUCCCCGCCCAUCCAGUGAUCGCAAGGAACGUCCCGCGGGCGAAGACACACGCCGUGAGUAUUCUCGACGCGAGUACAACAACCGCCGUGACUCUGGCCGGGGGCCAGGCCCCGCUGCGCGUCCCCAGGCCCCCAAGCCUGACCCCAAGGAAUUAGAGGAGGAACGAAACCGCAAACUUGCGGCAAUGCAGUCCAAUGCCAGUGAAAUGGAGGUGGAUCGGCGCCAACGAAUUGCGGAAACUUCCGCCAAGGAGCAGCAGCAGCAAGAGGCUGACGAUCGCCAACGUUCUGACCGUGGUCGCUUCAUGUCUGAUAUCAAUAAGCGGGUCCAGGAGGACAGCCUUGACGAACGCAUUCGCCGCAGCCGCGGAGGGCUCUCGAGAAUGGAAGAGGAUUAA